CUUUCCUGCGUGCAGUGUGUGGAGACAGCAUACGGUCCCACACACACACACACACACACACACACACACACCUCGCUCAGGCUGAGGAUUGUCCGUUUUACUGUAAAACACGCAUUUUGUUCUGUAAUGGAAGCCUGAAAGGGGAAAAAUGGAUGUAAGGAGAGUUUUGGCUUUUUCAGCGCUGAUGCUCAGUGUACCGGCUUCAGCAUCCAGAGUGCUGAGUGGCCAACAUAUAUGCAAGCGGGGCACCAACAAGCCCUGUUACAAAAUCGGCUACUUCGAGGACGGCUGGCGCAAGCUAAACUUCGAGGAGGCCCAGCGGGCAUGCCGGAGCGACGGAGGAGACCUGCUCAGCAUCGAGUCAGCGGCUGAGCAGAGUCUCAUUGAGGGAUUUAUUCAUGAGCUGAAAGCUUCAGAUGGUGACUUUUGGAUCGGUCUACGCAGAGAUCCGAACUAUGAGGAGAGCAGCGUCGACUGCGAGUCUCAGUACUACUGGCUGGAUGGCAGCCGAUCAAAUUUCAGGAACUGGCACACAGACGAGCCGUCCUGUGGUUACGAGGUGUGUGUGGUGAUGUACCACCAACCAUCAGCUUCUUCAGAUGAGGGAAACAGCUACAUGUUCCAGUGGAAUGACGACAACUGUGAGACGAAGAACAAUUUCAUCUGCAAGUAUACCAAAGACGUUUUUACGACAAGAACGACGAUGACGACAGAGGCAGCCAGGAAGCCAUCAUCGACGGUGCACAAUGAUGGGACGAGCGGUGUGGUUGUUCAACCUACAGAUAACGUAACGAACAUCGUUUACAUUAUACUCCCUACGAUACCUCUACUGCUGCUCCUGAUCGUAGCAAAUGGCGUUUUCUGCUUCAAGCUGUUCGCUAAAAGGCGAAGAAAGCAAACAGAGACUCCAGUAGAUAAGCAUGGAACCUGGGCCCCAGGAGAGCGAUGUAACAGCCCGAGUCCAGAUGUGUACAACGUGAUCCGAAGGCAACAUGAGAUCGACCUGAGUGACACCCGGCCUCACACCAAGAACACCUCCUUCCUGGGCUCCUCUCCAGACACACCGACUGACGAGUAUGACAACCUGGGAGGCCAUGACACCGAGAGUGGCUUCGUCACACUGGCCAGCACAGAGAGUGGCUUCGUCACCAAUGACAUCUACGACUCCUACCAGAACCGUUCCAGCACCAGGUACAACAGAGAACACAGCUGGCUGGAUAACGAGCUCUACAGCUACUGAACAAGACUCUGACAGACUAACAGAAUAUUUGGGACGUCUCAGAUCUCGCAUGUCCUCAGACAUUUGAGUAGGACUGAUUUCUUUUGUCCAUGUAAAUGGGCACUGAGAUGACAAACAGCAGCGAGCUUGUCAUCUUGUAAGCGGUUGAGAAUUAUUUCUGAUUUAGUCUCCUAUGGCAGGCGAAAACAAAAAAGGCUCCGAGUCUUAGAUCAUCUAAGAUAGUGAUCAGCUCCCUGUCUGUGGAAAUACAAAGACAUAUCAGAAAAUUAAUACACUUGCUCAAGUGUGCACCCUUGUACUCGCAUGGAAUGACUGUUUACACAUGAAAAAUGACACAGAUUUGCUUGAGAAAUACAUAUUUCCUCUGAUUUGCUUGUGGAAACUGGACUUUUAUUGACUUUUUAAUGUUAUGCAUUAUAAAAUAUAUGUACUGUCUGUCUUUUUUUUGUCUGGAUUGGUUUACAUGUCUCCUAGAGAAACAAGUGGAAGCUCUUCCAUCACAUCAAUGUAAUGUGACUUCUACUUUGUGCGUAAAUUUGUUCUGUAUCUGCUUGUGCCUCAUCCUGUCGGGUUUGCAUGGCCCAGUUAUGCUGCUUUCCUUCAUAUUGCAUAUUCUCAGCUUUGGCCUUAAAAGGCAUUAAAGGGUGAUCUUACGAUGCUGACUUGUAGGCCUGAAACCGGAUCUAAAUAAAUGUCUUGCCUUUUUCUGUCCAUUGACGUUUUA